AAGAAAACAAGAAGGAAUAAGAAAAAGAGAACCUGAUAUACUUUCCUUGGACCCAUGCCGUGUCUCCUCAGUACGCCAUGAUAUGAUUUCCAUCUUUCUCAGCUACAAUUCUACUCAACUCUUUCUUCUUCCUCCAUAAUGUUUUUUCACUUAUCUUAGCAUCACCAAUUCAAUAACAUCUUGCUUCAAAUAUUUGGGAACCUAGGUUGCACAAACUAUUUUUUUCAAGCUAUGAUGUCAAAUGAUCAAAUAAGAGUGGAAGGAGGAGAAGGAUCAUCAUCAAGAUCAUCAACCACUGUACUUCUAGCACCAUCUGACGACCAUCAUCAUCAGCCACCACCACCGCCCCAACUGAGCAGGUACGAGUCUCAGAAACGUCGCGAUUGGAACACUUUCGGACAGUACUUGAAAAAUCAAAGGCCGCCAGUUCCUUUAUCCCAGUGCAACUAUAACCAAGUGCUAGAAUUUCUCCGAUACCUAGAUCAAUUCGGAAAAACUAAAGUGCAUUUACAUGGUUGCCCUUUUUUCGGGGAACCGGAGCCUCCGGGGCCUUGUACUUGUCCACUUAGACAAGCAUGGGGAAGCCUAGAUGCACUUAUUGGUAGGCUUAGAGCUGCUUAUGAAGAAAAUGGUGGCCUUCCAGAGAAUAAUCCAUUCGCGAGUGGCUCUAUACGCGUUUAUCUUCGAGAGGUAAGAGAUUUCCAAGCUAAAGCAAGAGGAAUUUCCUAUAAGAAGAAGAAAAAGAAGAGGAAGCUGCAAAAUAGGGCUAGUACAACUAGUGCUGAGGCAACUCCUACCUUUCAGUUGCAAUCUUCUUGAAUUUCAAUUUGGCUUCUGAAGGAACAAGCAAAAGGUAAAUUGCUAUGGUUUUACAAUAAGAGGAUUAUUUGCUUUGUUCUUUUCCAAACAUGCCACAGUUUUCUGAUACCUUGAGUUGUGAACAAGUUGAUUGUUGAAUAUAAAUAUAUAUCUAGUUCCACAUGAAUUAUGAAUUAUAGAAUUGCUCUAUAUAUGCUACAUGGUAUGGAUCUGACUCAUCAGAGUCACUGUGUGAGGAGAUCCCUUGUGACGCCCCUGACGGAGGGGGGCUGAUGAAGGUGGGUCAAACAGGACUGACAGAUAUUUAGGUUGGCAAGCUUCUGAAGAUGAGUUGCACAUGACACGUUAGACGAAUCCUACAUCAGAAUGCAGGGGAGAGGAAAGUGAAGAGUUUUAUAAGGCAUAGCUCAAGUUCACAUGGUACGUGUAUAUUUUGGGUUUGUUAUAACGUAGCCCAAAAGACAAAUCCGUGUGAGUCUAGGCCCAAAGCGAACAAUACGUGUCAUAAACUUGAAUCGUGACAUCCGAUCCUUAGAAACAUGAAUAUAUUCAUGAUUGAAUGAGCUUCGGGCUUACGGAGUUGAAUUGGGUUUGACAUAAAUAACUACAUCUAGCUUUCAUUACAAAAUAUAAAUGUGCUUUGCAGAAUAAAAAAAAUCUGAUGGUACAUAUAUAAAGAUGGGAAUCUACUAACUUUAAAUUUUGAAUUCGAGAUCUGCACCGAUGAACCCUAGAAUUUGAUGAAACCCUAAACUUUUUCCAUGUUCUGAGUGCGAAUAUGGAACAU